AUGUUUGCUGUUCAUGGUGGAGCAGGAUAUCACAAUAAAGGUGUUGAGAAAUAUUGUAGAAAAGCUGUAAAAAUUGCUCUACAGAAUUCUAAUAUUGUUGAUGGAGUUGCAUAUCUUGAAGAUAUUAGUAAGUUUAAUUGUGGUUAUGGUUCAAAUCUUACAAAAAAUGGAAGGGUUGAAUGUGAUGCUGCCGUCAUGAUUUCAGAAAGAUAUAUUUUUGGUGGUGUUGCUGUUGUUGAUUGUUUAAAAAAUCCUGUCAAAGCAGCGCAAAAUAUUGUAUCUAAUCUUAUGAAAAAUGAUGAUUGGGAUGUAACACCACCAAUGGUAAUUUCUGGUAAUGGAAUUAAUGAUUGGGCCAAAGAAAACAACUUUAUUAUUAUUUCAAAUGACGAACUUAUUAGUGAUAAUGCAAAAAAUAUACACAAUUCCAUAGGUCAAUUAUUAUCAUUGGAUACUUGUGGAGGUUGUUCUAUAACAAAAAGUACUGAAAUAUCUUCAUUAAGUUGUGUUUCUUCAGGAGGUGUCGCUUUUAAACAAGAUGGAAGAAUUGGACAUUCAAUUAUGUUUGGUGCUGCAAUAUGGUCUGAACGUACAGAAAAUGGACAAUGUAUUUCUAUAUCGAUAUCUGGGUUUGGUGAAGCUAUUUACAGAACUCAUCUUGCUCAAAAGAUAUCAAAAGUAUUAUUCAAAGCUGACAAUAAUAAUGAAAUUUUUUGUUCAGUUAUUCAAGAAUUUUUAAAGGAAGAAUUUUUAAAUUCUCCUCAAAAUUCUCUAUUUCCUAGUAAGCGAUUACUUUGUGGAGGAAUUAUUUUAUUUCUAAACUCGAAUACCAAUCACAGUGAAAUCAUUUCUUUUCAUAAUACUCCUAAUUUUGUUUUUGCAUUUUCUGACGGUCAAAAGGCAAACUAA